AUGGUGGGUUUGAAGAGAUGCAUAGUGGCAUUAUUGUCUGUUGUGUAUGUAACCUUAACCACCCAUAUUGUUGAUGCCGCAAACAACUUCUGUGCCACCGCCUUGAACAAACCGGUUUGUGAGAAUAUGGUGAAGGGAUCAGCAAAUUGGGAUGAGGCAAUAACCAAGGCUAUAACCGCGGCUAUGACUGAAGUAGCUAAAGCCAGUAAGUCAGGACACCCCGAGUGCAAACAGGCCUACAAAGACACAGACGCCGAUCUGAAGGAGAGCAUGGAGGCCGUUAGUAGCGGGAGUAAGCGUAGCUUAAACAUCAAACUCUCGGCAGCAUUAACUAGUCUGGAAGAUUGCACUAAUGCACUCAAAGAACUCAAACAAGAUGUAGCUGCUGCUACCACAUUGAACGAUGGUGUCGAUCAAGCUAUUAGAGCUUGUUUGGCGGUUGAUAAAUCCAAAACACCUUGA